CAACGGGCAACUAAAAAACCCGCGACCGCCACAAACCCCGCCCUUGCAUGACAGCCAGCGCGAACGAUAGAGACAGUGAAAGAACAGACAAAACAUCAAAUACUACGGUACAGCAGGACUGCGAGCACCGCCGAUGCGAUAAACCGCCCCGUCACCGCCAUUCCCCCUGUCGCUCGACGAUACAGCCACCAAAAUGCCCCGCGUCACGCAGGUGUCGCGCAGCAGCAGCAGGCGGAGCACCAGCAGGCAGGUCUCCGGGUCCAUCUCACAGUCUCCUUUCAAGUCGCCCGUAAAGAUCCCCCUCAAUGACGAUGCGCAGGAGAAGGCCCAGCGCAUGCACUCGCGCCAGGCCCUCCAUGAAGCCCAGAUCAACCAGCUCAAGGCCGCCGCCGCGACGCCCUCGAAGCGGUCUGUCAGCAUCAGGCUGGAGGACCUCGAGAAUGUCAACUCCUCGCCCGGCUCCGACCCUCGCACUCCCCGCUCCCGCGCCAGCGCCGGCGGUAAAGAUUCAACCAUCAUCGAUGACGACGGCUUCGUGGUCGGCGGCAGCGCCGUCACGCCCAUGAAGCGUGUCCCCAUUCUGGCCAACUUCGAGGAAUGGAUGAAGAUGGCCACCGACAACAAGAUCAACCAGGCCAACUCGUGGAACUUUGCCCUGAUCGACUACUUCCACGACAUGUCGCUGCUCAAAGAGGGUGAUGGCGUCAACUUCCAGAAGGCAAGCUGCACCCUCGACGGAUGCGUCAAGAUCUACACCAGCAGAGUCGACAGCGUCGCAGAGGAGACCGGAAAGCUCCUCAGUGGCCUCGCAGACAGCCGCGACAGCAAAAACAAGAGGGCCGAGGGUGACGCCGAAGACAGCGGGGCAGAAGACGAGGUUGAUGAGGACGGCAACGUUAUCAAGAAGCCCAAGAAGAAGGCGCGAUCGGCCGAGGCGACCCUUGCGCCUUCCUUCGCGUCUCUUCAGCUGAAAAAGCUCGAGCUCGAGUUUGCCGUGGACCCCUUGUUCAAAAAGGCAUCAGCCGACUUCGACGAGGGUGGUGCCAAGGGACUGCUACUUAAUCACCUGAUGAUCGACACCCAUGGUCGUAUCGUUUUUGACAGCAGCGACGACAAAAACGACACCAGCGAGGCCAGGAGAGACGAGACAGAGGACGAAGGUGACGACACUGCACUAGGUGCCGAGGAGGCUGUUGAAGUCGGGUCCGCCGCCGCCGCCCCUGCCAAAGAAGACGACUAUGAGGACGUCGACAUCGAUGUUGGCGCGCUGGGCGCGCGCUUCUUUCCCGAGCUCGGCCGCCUCGACGAAUUCGAUGUUUGCCCUUCACUCAAAACAUUCGAUCUCGGAGACCCUACUGGCACCAUGGACAUCCCCUUUCUCCGCGCACCCGACGACUGGAGACAAGACUCAGACAAGGAUAAGACCCCCGGCCCUGACGGAGCGGGAGACAAGUCUGGCAUGUACAUCGACGACGACAACCCGCUUGGGUUCGACGACGACGAAGGCCUUGGCGGUUUUGACCUGAACGAGGUCAACAUCAAUUUUGGCGAGGGCGGCGAGGCUUGGGCGCGGGAGGCAGCAUUGGAGCCCCAGAUGCGUGUCUUUGACGCUGGCCUCGGCGACGACGGCGCCGGCGGGGAUGGUGUCGAUAUGCUCGACAAGGCCGAGGGUGAUUUUGUCGUGUCCAUGUCACACGCCCAAAAGGAGGACAAGGUGCAUGAGGACAUACUCAGCUACUUCGACCAGGCGCUUCAGAAGAACUGGACCAGCGCCGAGCAUUGGAGGAUCCGCAAGAUCAAGGACGUCAACAAGCCGGCCGCUCCGGCACGGCAGCGGAAGGAGAAGGAGGCCUUCGAGAUCGAUUUUCUGUCACCGCUCGACCCUGCUCUCGGCGACGUAAUCUACACACAAGCGUCGGGCAAUUCGGCCAUCUCGAUGCCAAAGAAGGACUGGAAGUCCAAAUCGCGUAACCUCAUCCCCGACGACAAACACUUCAACUCCAAACAGCUACUGUCCCUUUUCCUCAAACCCAAAGCGCGCCUCGGCCGCAAGCGGAGGCUUGGCGGCGGCGGCGGUGGCGUGUUCGGAAACGCGCACGAGGAGCAGCAAAACGACGUGCCCGACGGCCACAUGGACGAGGCGUUCUGGGCGUCCCAAAAAGCGCCACUGAUGCAAUCCACAGAGCGCCCAGGCGACGACACGGGGCUGCCGCAGGGCGACUACGACGCCAACUUCUUCGACGACGGUCUUCCCUUCGCCGGCGGAGACGACGACGAAAUGGACGAAUUUGCCGACGCUCGCGAGCACUUCUCGCCCGGUGUCGACGGGGCCAUGAUGGGCGACCCAGGAGUUACGGACGCCUUUGGGACCGCCUUCAACGGCCUGACGGUUACGAAUCCGGCCGACCUGGCGUUUGGCACCAUGUUGGUAACGCAGAGCAGGCGGGUGCGGCCCGAGUAUGUGCAAUAUGCACGAGUCGCCAAAAAGGUCGACGUCAGGAGGUUGAAGGAGGAGAUGUGGAAGGGCAUGGGCCUUGAGGCAUUGGACAACGCCCCUGACAGAUCUAGAUUGCUGACGCCGCCUCCCGACGCUGCCGAAGCCGCUGGGGCUGCUGGUCCUGCCAAGGAGGAGCCGACACUGAAGUUCACGGAUGUGAUGAAUAACCUGCAGAAGGUGUAUCCCAAGACGGUUAUGGAUGACAUCUCGACGAGCUACUGCUUCAUCUGCGUCCUGCAUCUAGCAAACGAAAAGGGCCUCAUCAUCGAGAAGACCGAGGACCUUUCGGAGCUGGAGAUUCGCAAGGACUGGACGGCAGAGAUAACAGAGGGCGGCGAGUGAACGAGUAAGAGCCGGCAUUUUACACCUUGCCAUAUGGCCAUGACUUGACUUGGAUAUGGUCAACGUCGCCAGAUACGACGCAUGGGCACUGAAAUCAGUAUGAAUGAUGAGAUUCGGGAUGCGCGUUUUGGUCCCUUGGUUGCUCUUCUCUACCUCUCCUUAGUAUAUCGACCGAGAUACCCUCUCCUGUAUCAACGGGUAGUUUGAUGGUAUUUUGUCCCAGGAGCUUGUUUGCCUUGAUUUCGAGCGUACUGACCGACCCUGUCGAGGACGCUGGACUUGAGUUUGCCGGCUUCCCGUCAACAAGUCCUUGUAUCGCCUUUGGUUCUUUCUCUUGAUAAUCAAGGAUCUGAUGCCUUGUAACAUCGUGGCUCCUGUGGCCACGAUGGCAAUCUUGUUUUCGUAUUUCCUUGUUUUUUCCUUGGUCCCUGUUUUCCUGUUUAAUGCCCCUGAACAGUGCUAGUUGCAACCAUCACGUGCAUACCACGAGCCAUAACAGUAGAGGCCGAUUUCCCAAGGGGGUCAUUUUCUAUUCCGU